CUCGCCAUCGCACGAUGACAAGUGGGCCACACCAAAGCUGGUAAAGGGUAGACCACGCCAAUUCCCUCCCUCCUUCCCCACCCUCCGUCUCCGGCGAGCUAGGGUUUUCGCUCCCCACUCGCCGAGCGCUCCCUCCCUGGAUCUCCAGCCAUGUACGGCGGCGAUGAGGUCUCGGCAAUCGUCAUAGAUGUGGGCUCGUACAGCUGCAAGGCGGGCUACGCGGGCGACGACACCCCUAAGGCCGUCUUCCCGUCGGUUGUUGGUUCAAUUGAACAAGCGGGAGACACCGAUGAGUCCAAGCCAGAGAAGGAGCCUGAUUCUGCAUCAGAUUCUAAGAAUGGAGCCAAGCCUAUGGAUGUGGACAAAGGCAAGACAAAACGUAAACUUUAUGUAGGUCAAGAAUUAGAGUUCAGGAGGGAUCAUAUGGAGGUGAUUUCACCUAUGAAAGACGGAACAGUUACUGAUUGGGAUAUCGUUGAUAAUAUAUGGAAUCAUGCUUUCAGACGACGGCUGUUGAUCAAUCCCGAGGAGCAUCCCAUGCUCAUAUCCGAACCAUCUACAAACACUGCACAGCAAAGAGAGAAAGCAGCAGAACUUAUGUUUGAGAACUACAAAGUGCCGGCGCUGUUCCUAGCGAAAAAUGCAGUGCUCACAUCUUUUGCGUCUGGACGUGCUACAUCUUUGGUGGUUGACAGUGGUGGUGGGUCCACUGUGGUUGCUGCCGUGCAUGAUGGUUUUGUUUUGCAAAAGUCUGUAGCGACUUCUCCAAUUGGCGGUGAAUUUUUAACUGAUUGUAUGAUGAGAAGCUUGGAGAGCAAGGGUGUUGUUAUUAGGCCCAGAUAUUCAUUUAAGAAGAAGGAAAUCAGUUCCGGAGAAUACAAGAUUGUAGAUCUUGAUCUUCCAAACACAACUGAGAGUUACAGGUUGUACUGCAUGAGAGCUAUUGCUAGUGACAUCAAGGAGUCUGUUUGCAGAGUCCCAGAUACUGCCUUUGAUGAAGUGGCAUAUGCAAAUGUUCCUACGACUUCAUAUGAGCUUCCAGAUGGACAAAUUAUUGAAGUUGGUGCUGAUAGAUUCAAGAUUCCUGAUAUUCUAUUUAAUCCAUCUCUAUCCAAGACUAUUCCUGGGAUUGAUGGAUUUGCAGAUUCAAUGCCAGCUCGUGGCCUUCCACAAAUGGUCAUUGAUAGUGUAAAUAGGUGCGACGUUGACAUACGCAAGGAGCUAUUUAGCAACAUCUUGCUUUCUGGUGGCUCAUCAUCAAUUCUGCAGUUAAAGGAGCGCCUAGAGAAAGAAGUACUAGAGGAGUCUCCUCAAGCUGCUCGUGUUAAGGUUAUGGCAAGUGGAAAUUCAGUAGAGAGGCGAUUCAGUGUUUGGAUUGGAGGUAGCAUUCUUGCAUCUCUUGGGUCGUUCCAGCAAAUGUGGUUCUCCAAAGCCGAGUAUGAAGAGCAUGGAGUUUCCUAUAUUCAAAGGAAGUGCCCGUGAAGUAGUGGAACAUGUACGAUAAUAAUACCUUUCACAAGGGUUGUGUUGCCAAAGCCAAAGGGGCCGUGUGUACUACAGUUAGAUGCAGGCCAUCACAGCCGCCUUGCCAUGUUGGCCUAUGAACAACUCUAUCGAGCGAUAUUUAUCGUUGUUGUGACUAGUUAGUUUAUAGGUGAUGUGAGGGCAACGUAAGAACAGGGUUAGCUAAUACUUGUCAUUAAUGGUAGAUACUAGUUCAUCUGCUGAAUCUUUUCUCCUUGCUGUUGAAUGAGAUGGGCUACUCUAGUUUGUACCGGAGCUAA